UUUCCUUUUCUCCAGACGCCAAAUGAAUAGUGUUUGUAAAAUGGGUUAGGCCAUCUCUCUCUUUCUCUCUCUAGAAUUUCUCUCUCUCUCUAAAAUACACCUCACAAGUGAGAAUCCCUCACGUAUCUUCUGCAACUCAAGAACCAUGUGAGCAUUUCCCAUGUCGGUCACCCUAUAUAAGAAGGUCCUCCUCACACCCCAUCUCCCCAAGAGAGAGAGUCACUUUGUUAUGGAGAACAAAUAAGAGAGAGAAACUGUGCAAAGAAGAAAGAGAAUGGCCAUGAAAACCAGGUCACCAUUUUUGUAUUACUCCCAUGAUUUCUUCUAUCUGUUGUUUCCACUAUUGCUGCCUGUUCUUCUCCUCUCUCUCAGCAAUUGGCUUCGCAAGAGGUCGUUGCAGAACCGCUGCUAUGGACCGCGAAGCUACCCCCUCGUCGGGUGCAUGGUGGCUUACUGGAAGAAUCAGUACCGUCUGCUCGACUGGUACACAGAGCUCCUUGCUGAUUCUCCGGGAGGGACGAUCGUGGUCCAGAGACUGGGAGCUCCUCGCACGGUGGUCACCGCCAACCCUGCGAAUGUCGAAUACAUGUUGAGCACUCAAUUCUCCAACUUCCCCAAGGGUAAGCCCUUCACCGAAGUGCUCGGCGACCUUCUUGGCCAUGGCAUCUUCAACACUGAUGGCGAGCUUUGGCACACUCAGCGCAAGGUUGCCAGCCCCGAGUUCGCCACUUCGCACCUCCGCAGAUUCGUACUUACUACCCUGCGCAAUGAGAUCGAAGGUCGGUUGUUACCGAUUUUGAGGCAGGAGGCACGGAGCAGCACGGUACUGGACCUGCAGGACGUGUUCAAGAGGUUCACAUUUGAUUCAAUCUGCCUGGUUUCAUUUGGGAUGUACCCCGGAUGUUUGGAGGUGCCAUUGCAGGAGUCGAGACUGGCCAAGGCUUUCGACAUUGCAGCUGAGAUUAGCGCCAGGAGGGGGGCAGCGACUCUACAAGCAAUCUGGAAGAUAAAGCGGGCCCUGAAUUUGGGCUCCGAGCGCAAGCUCAAGGAAGCGGUCGGAGUGGUGCGUGAGGCUGUUGCAGAGAUUGUUAGGGAGCAGGCGCCUAAGGGAGGAGACCACCUUCUGGCGAGGUUGUUGAGAGCGGGGCUUGGGGAGGAGCUUGCCAGGGACAUGGUGGUUAGCUUCAUAAUGGCUGGCCGGGACACCACCUCGGCGGCACUCACAUGGCUGUUCUGGCUUCUCGCCCGGCACACGCAGGCGGAGCGCGAGGUCAUUCGCGAGGCGCAGGAAACAACCACACUGGAUUACCAGGGGCUUAUGGGGCUCAAAUAUCUUCACGCAUGCCUCUGCGAGACAAUGCGACUGUACCCGCCGGUGGCGUGGGACUCGAAGCAUGCAGCCCGAGACGACGUGCUGCCGGACGGCACCGGGGUCACAAAGGGGUGCCGAAUCACCUACUUUCCGUACGGGAUGGGGAGAACGGAGGGCAUUUGGGGCAAGGACUGGGCCGAGUUCCGGCCGGAGCGGUGGCUCGAGGGGCGGAUAGUGUCUGCAUUCGAGUUCCCGGUGUUUCAGGGGGGGCCAAGACAGUGCUUGGGGAAAGAGAUGGCGUUUCUGCAAAUGAAGUAUGUGGCCGCCUCCGUAUUGAAAGAGUUCAGGGUGGUGCUCAAGGAGGCCGACAGGGUGCCACUGUUUGUGCCAUUGCUAACUGCCUGCAUGGGUGGGGGCGGCUGUGAGGGUAGAGGAGAGGGAAACAAGCAUGGGAGGGGUGUUAUUGUAUGACAAUUGUAAAUCUAUGACUAGCUAAAGUGGCUAGUGUCUUGAUUAUGGUCAUAGUUGUACCAUUUAUUUAUAUUUUAUAAUCCAUGAUAUGUACAGGGAUUAGUAUAUUUU